UCACAGGAUUCUGAAGACCUGUCCACCAAUUACAGGGCUCCUUACUGGAAAAACCAACUACUGGAGAGCGCCAAGAGUCCCUAGCAACGCCCGGGGGCGGCUUUUGAAAGCUGAGGGGGAAGGACUGUGGUCGGCAGGGCUGUUAGUGGAGGAGAGCUCGCAUGCCUCAGGAAGAGCAGGCUCUCAGAAUGGACACCCCACCCCCGGAAGAACCCUUAGAUAAGCAAAAUGAAAAACUGAACGAGGAAGAAAACAUAGAGUUUAAGGAACUGGAUGGUCUGAGGGAAGCCCUGGCAAACCUCCGGGGACUGUCGGAGGAGGAGAAGAGCGAGAAGGCGAUGCUUCGCUCCCGCAUCCAAGAGCAGUCCCAGCUGAUCUGCAUCCUGAAGCGGAGGUCAGAUGAGGCCCUGGAGCGCUGCCAGAUCCUGGAGCUGCUCAACACAGAGCUGGAAGAGAAGAGGUUGCAGGAGGCAGAGAAGCUCAAGGCCCAGAGCGAGCAUGCCCGGAAGCUCGAGGAGCGCUUUAUGACCCUGGCAGCCAACCACGAGUUGAUGAUUCGCUUCAAGGAUGAACACAAAAGUCAGAACAUCCAGCUGAGGGAGGAGAAUGAGAAGCUGAGGCUGGAGAACAGGAGCCUCUUCAACCAGGCUCUGAAGGAUGAGGAGGCCAAAGUAUUGCAGCUCACUGCCCGGAGCGAGGCCCUCUCCAAGGAGCUAGAGACUCUGAGGCAUAGGUGUGCUCAGGAUGCCUGCCAGGCACAGGCCCGUGAGAAGGAGCUGCUGGAGCUACAGAGCCAGCAGGCCUGCACCCAUGCAGAGGAGAGAGAGCAGCUGCGCAGCCAGCUGCAGAGCCUCAAGCAGCAGCACCAGCAAGCCAAGGAGCAGAUGGUGAAGGCAGAGGAGAUGCACAACAGCCUAAGCCAGGAGCUGCAGUCCAGGCUGCAGACCGUCUCCCGGGAGAAAGAGGAGCUGCUGCAGUUGUCCAUGGAAAGGGGCAAGGUGCUUCAGAACAAACAAGCAGAGAUCCGCCAGCUUGAGGAGAAGUUGGAAUCAACAGAUAUGGCCAGGAGGCAUGCACUAGAGAGGUUUGAGCAAGAGGCAGUGGCCGUUGACAGCAACUUGAGAGUCCGGGAGCUUCAGCGCAGAGUGGAUGGGAUCCAGCAGGCCUAUGAUGAACUCAGACUGCAGUCAGAAGCCUUCAAAAAGCACAGCCUGGAUCUUUUAAGCAAGGAGCGAGAACUCAAUGCCAAACUCCGCCAUCUCUUCCCAUAAGGAAGCUUUUGCUGCUUCUGGCCUCCAAUUUAGAAUUCAAAUAUUUGUGCCUUAGCAUUAUGACAAGAGUAAAGAUGAUAUCCCAUUUAUUAUUUUAAGCACAAAAAGCAACUCAAGAAAAGCUACUUUACUAUGAUAUUGUUGUUACUAUUGUAAAACUAACAUUAAUUUUCAGUUCUACAACCUAGAAUACAGAAAAUGUACCAGA